AUGCAAAUACAACAAAUUGAAUGCCAACAAGAAGAAGAAGAAGAGCAACAGCAGCAACAGUUGCCAGAAGAACAGCAAUCAAAGAAAUUGUUGGCACAUAAAAAUUCAUUUAUUAAGCAUAAAUAUAAAAGUAAUAAUAGUAAUAUACUAAAAAUUAUUAUCACAAUUAGAAAUUAUAAUAAUAAUAACAAUAAUAAUAAUAUUCAUGAACAUGAUACUCUAAUACAACAACAACCACAAAAACAACAACAGCAACAUGAAGAAAACUCACAAAAAACUAUUGAUGUAAAACCAAAGAAUAAUAAAAACAACUCCUUCAGCACACCAUUAAAUACCAUACAUGAACAUCCAUUUAGAAGCAUAGAAAAGACAUCUUUAUCACUCUCAUCUUCUAUUCCUCCUCUAACAUUUAACACUAACAUUAACAACAACAAUCAACAUUUUUUAUCGUCAUUGUCGUCGUCGUCGUUAUCAUUCCUUAAGCCUUGUCCCAACACCAAGACAUUAUUACCAUUUUCAUCAACAUCAUCAGCUACAACAACAACAUUAUUGUCGUCAUUCUCAUCCAACAUCAACAACAUCAUGGUUAAACGUGAAAAAUUUACAAAUUUGGAAAGCAUUUUAAUACAAUUUUUUAUGGAUUUUUUCCUAAUUUACUAUAAUUAUUUGUAUCAAAAUUUACACAGACAUCGUAAAUCAUUUCGCAGGAAAUCUUCAUCAUCAUUACCAUUAACAUCAUCUACAACAACAGCAUCUCCAUCAACUACAUUCUUAAACAACAAGGACGUUAUGCCAAUAUUGCAUUCGAAUAAUUGUAAUGCUCCCCUUAACAUGUUAUAA